AUGGCCGACAUGUUCAACCAUAAGACUGCAGACAGUGUCUGGUCAACUGGCGUGCAUCCUGUAGUGGUUACUGGCUUGGCAAUUGGGGAUGGUUCAGAGGACACUCGCGGCAUGCUGCACGAGCAGCAGCAGCAGCAGCAGCAGAAGGUUCUUGGGAUCAUCGAUGCGCCAGUAGGAAAUCUCAGACAGUCCCCACAGCUUUCUGACAACCAAAUCAUAUCUGCCAUGGACAAGAGCCAGGCCACUUCUCAGUAUUGUGGCAUGUCACUAUCUCAUAGUCAGGUUGCCAAAUUCGUGGCAGGAUUAGUGAGCCCGACAUAG